AGAGAGAGAGAGAGAGAGCGAGAGAUGCUGUACAUAGUCGGACUGGGAUUGGGGGACGAGAAAGACAUAACUCUGAGAGGAUUAGAGGCUGUGAAGAAAUGCGACAAAAUUUUCAUCGAAGCCUACACUUCCCUCCUCUCAUUUGGCAUCUCCUCCGACGGCCUCUCCACCCUCGAAAAGUUGUACGGAAAACCAGUGAUACUUGCGGAUAGAGAAACGGUGGAGGAGAGGGCCGACCAGAUUCUAACUGCAGCUGCUGCUUCCGACGUCGCCUUCCUUGUCGUUGGCGAUCCUUUUGGAGCUACGACACACACUGAUCUUGUCGUUCGAGCCAAGAAGUUGGGGAUUGAUGUCAAGGUGGUGCACAAUGCGUCGGUGAUGAAUGCAGUUGGAGCCUGUGGAUUACAACUCUACCACUACGGAGAGACAGUUUCAAUACCAUUCUUCACCGAGACAUGGAGGCCUGAUAGCUUUUAUGAGAAGAUUCAGAAAAAUCGUGCGCUUGGACUGCAUACCCUAUGCUUGUUAGACAUACGGGUGAAGGAACCGACUCUGGAAUCGUUGUGCAGAGGAAAGAAGCAGUAUGAACCGCCUAGAUAUAUGUCGAUAAACACUGCAAUUGAGCAGCUUCUGGAGGUUGAGCACAAUCGAGGAGAAUCUGCAUAUAAUGAAGACACGAUGUGUGUUGGGCUUGCGCGGCUGGGAAGUGAGGAUCAGAAGAUCGUUUCUGGUACGAUGAGGCAACUGCAGUCGGUUGAUUUUGGAGCACCUCUCCAUUGCCUUGUUAUUGUAGGCAAAACUCAUCCAGUGGAAGAAGAAAUGCUGGAUUUUUACAGACAUUCGGAAGAGAAUAAUCAUGGCACUGUAUGAUUAUAACGCUGAUAGGACGGCAUUCGCCUGAUCUACUUUUCUAUAGUGAACUGUUGUACUAUAUGCAGCAGAGACAGAAUAGGAGGCUACGGUUACUUGGCU